AUGAACAUCCGCAAUGCUGUGCCGCAGGACCUGAUGAACAUGCAGCACUGCAACCUGCUCUGCCUGCCCGAGAACUACCAGAUGAAGUACUACUUCUACCACGGGCUGUCCUGGCCGCAGCUCUCCUACAUUGCCGAGGACGAGGACGGCAAGAUCGUGGGCUACAUCCUGGCCAAGAUGGAGGAGGACUCGGAGGAUCCCCCCCACGGCCACAUCACGUCCCUGGCCGUGAAGCGCUCGCACCGCCGCCUGGGCCUGGCCCAGAAGCUGAUGGACCAGGCCUCGCGGGCCAUGAUCGAGAACUUCGGCGCCAAGUACGUGUCCCUGCACGUCCGCAAGAGCAACCGGGCCGCCCUGCACCUGUACUCCGACACCCUCCACUUCCAGGUCAGCGAGGUGGAGCCCAAAUACUACGCGGACGGCGAAGACGCCUACGCCAUGAAGCGGGACCUCUCGCAGAUGGCGGAGGAGCUGAGGCGGCCGCCGGAGCUCAAGAAGGGCAGGUACGCGGUGCUGGGCCCCAGGGAGGUCCAGGCGACCCCCGAGAGCACACUUCCGGGAUCGGAAGGGCCCAGUCCCGAGAGGACGAAGCCAGCCACGGGCAGUUGCGGCAGUGACAGCAAGGAAUCCAGCGAGUCCACGGGCGGCACCCCAGAGGACUCGGAUUCCACCUCCUAG